UCGAUAUUUUUGACUACAUCGAUGCAUCGAGUUGUAUGGGAUUCUUCAGAAAUUAUUUCAGAACAAAAUAGCAUACAUAAAUUGUACGUAAUUUCAAUUAAAUUACUCUAAUGAAGCUAAUUAUGUUUCAAGCGAAACUUGUGUGUCAGUUCUCAAAAAACAUCGCUGCAGUGAACAAAAUGUUCGAUGCAUCGAAGAAAAACAUCGAUAUUUUUGAUGCAUCGAUGUUUUUCCGACUUUCCUAUUCCAAAUACAACGAAGACAAAUAAAAUAAAGAAAAUAAUAAAGUCGAGAACAACAAAAUCCAAAGUAAUUAAAAUCAAGUAAAAUAAUCAAUGACUUCGACGCAUUAGCUUCAUAAGCCUGAGGCAAUAUCCAUAGAACCACAAUGCCAACAAACAUCUACCACGAAAGACAGACCCGCCAGUUGUGCGCCCUUCAUACACUCAAUAAUCUUUUCCAAGGUCAUGAAUCUUAUACAAAAGAACAGCUGGAUCAAAUAUGUAACGACCUCAGUCCCAACGUUUGGAUCAAUCCACAUCGUUCACCACUAGGUUUGGGAAACUAUGAUAUCAAUGUUAUAAUGACGGCGUUGCAAAUCCGGAAUUGUGAAGCCAUCUGGUUCGAUAAACGCAAAGACCCGUCCUGCAUCAAUUUAAAAUCCAUUGUCGGUUUCAUUCUAAACGUGCCUUCAGAUUACAAAUUCGGAUUUGUUACGUUGCCAUUGCAGAGGCGCCAUUGGAUAGCAAUACGGCGAAUCGACGACAAAUACUAUAAUUUGGACUCUAAAUUGCGAGAACCUGAAUGUAUUGGCAAUGAGACUGAACUACUAUCCUACUUGCGUUCGCAGUUGGAAACAAAUAAACGUGAACUGUUUGUAAUUGUGGAGAAAUCAGUGGUGGUUAGUGAACAUCAACAGCCAUAUUGGUUAAACGGAGAACCAAAUGGAAUACAUCAUAGUAAUAUCAACGAGUCAGACUGCACAACCUCAACGUAGAAAGAACGUGUAGCACUUUAAAAAGCUCUCUAGUCGUUUUUUCUAAUGUAAUUAGAAAAUACU